UCGAUCUUUUGCCCGCAACAUGACAAGCGCAGUGCUGGGGUAUGUCGGCAUCAUGAUGUCCGUCGUGUUCUUCGGGACAACUUAUGUCCCCGCGAAGCAGUACCCGACGUAUGACGGCAUGGUCUUCCAGUGGUAUAUGUGUUCUGGGAUCUUGGCAGUGGGGCUGUUCUGGGGGCUCCUGAGCAACCAGUGGGAUCACUUUGCCGAGCAAGGGAUGUACAUGUUUCCCCAAGGGUUGCUCGGGGGGUGCUUGUUUGCACUGGCAAACGUGCUCAUUCCGACGGUCGUCAACACCCUUGGACUGGGGGUGGGGUUUAUGUUGUGGAACGGCGCCAACAUCACCAUGGGAUACCUUGUGUCUCGCUUUGGCCUCUUUGGCGUGCAUCCCACGGUCCCCACACACCCGUGGCUCAGUGCGCUCGGCAUCGUCUUCAUGCUGGCAUCCAUCGUGGUGUACGGUAUGGUCCAGCCCAAACUGUCGAACCAUGUAUCGCAGUUGACCUCGGCGACGCGCUCGUCCACCGACCCGCUUGUCGACGUGACCACUGUGGACGAAACCACGCCGCUCAAGCACAAAGACCACUCUCCCGCGUCCAGCAGCGACUCGAUUCUCGACCUGGAUUUGAACGCCAUGGCCAACGAAAACCUCACCGAGUCGUUCAUCCAUCCCGAAUUGCCCAACUAUGGUCCAUUCUCGCUCCCCGCCGAAGUUCCGCAGCAUGUGGCGAUCGCCAACGCCGAAGACGAACGCAAGCGGAAGUACAUUGGCGUCGCCUUGGCCAUCCUCCUUGGCGGCAUUCUCGGCAACUGCCUCACGCCAUACGUGCUGUGGCAACAAAGCUGCACGGCCGCGGGCGGAUGCAACCCGCUCAACUUUUUAUUUUCGCAAUGCAUGGGCAUCUACGUCACGUCCACCGUGUGCUUUUUGAUCUACGCGUCGUUCUUCCGAUACCACAAGCGCAGCAUGCCGCGCAGUGCCAUGCGGCCGGCCUACGUGUCUGGUCUGCUGUGGGCCACGGGUCUCGCGGGACAGCUCUUGAGCGCGGGCAACUUGGGGUUUGACUUGGUGUACCCUUUGACGUCGAUUGGGCCAGCGAUGGUGUCGAUGCUGUGGAGCGCCAUCUACUUCAAGGAGAUUGAAGGCAAGCGCAACAUGUCUAUCAUGGCCCUCGGUACGGCCAUGAUCUUCACGGGCACGCUUCUCCGCGCCGUCGCCGCCUAAGUGUCGAUGGGUUGAUUGUGUCGCUUACAAGUGUUUGUGGACGAAGGCGCCAGCCACCGUUGAAUUCACUUGAACUACUAAUACUAUAUCGUUCGUUCAUGUAGUAGUACUA